CUUUCAUUUACUUCUUCGAGCACUGAUGACAUUACACUAACAUCAAAAAGUGAGUCACAUGUGUAAUUGCUGCUGGAGCUUCCAGGAUCUAUAUAAGGGGUUAGCUCUGGUCUUGGGAGACAGAAAGUCAAACCCUUUCUGCUGCAGCAAGGCUCCUCAUCAAGAUGGGCACCAUGCACUACCUCCUGCUUUGUGCUGUCAUCUUCCUACCUGAGACUCCUGCUUUUCCAGUACAACUGAGAGCAGAAUCAUGGACCAGCAUAGACCUUGAGAAAGUCAAGGGAUAUCUUGAUAAAUUCUUUCCAAUUUUCACAAAAACACAAAACAUAAGCAUAGAAGAAAGGAUUAAAAAAAUGCAGACAUUUUUCCACCUGACUGUAACUGGAAAAUUAGACAAAGAAACAGAAGAAAUAAUGACACUGCCUAGAUGUGGUUUGCCUGAUGUAGCAGAAUACAAAACGUUUUCUGGAACUCCAAAAUGGGAAAAGACACAUUUAACUUACAAGAUUCUCAGCUAUACAUCUGAUCUACCCAGAAAGAAAGUGGAUGAUGCAAUUAAAAAGGCCUUUAAGGUAUGGAGUGAUGUGACUCCACUGCACUUCCGAAGAGUCCACUUGAGCCGGGCAGACAUUGAGAUUAGAUUUGCACGUCGUGAGCACGGAGAUGGAUUUCCUUUUGAUGGAAAAGGUGGCACGCUGGCCCACGCAUUUCCACCUGGAGAAGGACGUGGUGGAGAUGCUCAUUUUGAUAAUGAUGAAAAAUGGUCAGAAGUCAAUCAAGAGGUCAAUUUGUUCCUUGUUGCUGCUCAUGAAUUUGGCCAUUCUUUGGGACUUGACCAUUCAGAUGUCCGUGGAGCUCUGAUGUACCCCAUCUACUCAUAUCAGAAUCCAGAAAAAUUCAAACUUCCGGCAGACGACAGGCGAGGAAUUCAGAAGUUAUACGGGAAAAAGUCAUCAAACUCUUGAAGAAAGUGCUUAACGAAGAUCAAAGAAUUCACAUCUCAUUGCUUUGGUGUUCCAAAACAAUUUCAGUCCUCUGGCUAAUUAAGAUGGUAAACUCCUGGGCUGCACUUUCUCUCCCUGAAUUUGUAUAUAUUGAUUUAUUUGCACUUUACACAAUUUUACCUAAAAAUAAUAAUAAUAAAAAAGUAUACUCUGUUUUCUAAGGUUUUCUUU